AAGGGAGAGAGGAAGGAGAGAGCCGCUCCGAUCACACACAUUUCACACGCUCAGGAGCAGAGGAAGAGAGAGGAACACACAGUCAGAGCGACUGAGAGGUUGGGGAUCCUUAAGUGGUUUUUCACUUGCAUGAACACAACCGUAGAUCCCCCACCAGGAUCUAAAGAUGUGGACAGAAGUCGGGAAGCUUGUGCUAUUACAUUUGUUACUCAUCGAGCUCCAUUGCGCUAAAGGAACUACUACGGAGUUGGAGUGUGAAACCGGGCAGUUUCAGUGCAAGAACGGACGGUGCAUCCCGACCCUGUGGCGAUGUGAUGAUGAUGAUGAUUGCUCAGACAGCAGCGACGAGGAGAACUGCCCAAAGAAGACAUGUGCGACCACAGACUUUGCCUGUAAGAACGGACAGUGCGUCCCUGCUAGGUGGCGCUGUGAUGGCGAACCGGAGUGUGCAGACGGUUCAGACGAGGCUGAUGCGAUCUGCAGCCGACAGACCUGUCCACCAGAGAAGUUUGAUUGCGGAGGGGCUGCCAGCAAAUGUGUUUCGUUGUCAUGGCGAUGCGACGGAGAGAGGGACUGCGAGAACGGGGCAGAUGAGGACCAGUGCGCUGCAGAUGCCAAGGCCUGCCCCUCCAAAGAUUUCCAGUGUCGUAAUGGGAAGUGCGUGGCACCAAUCUUUGUGUGUGAUGGAGACGACGACUGUGGGGAUGCCAGCGAUGAAGAGAAGUGCACGGCUCCCACUUGCGGCCAGCACGAGUUCCGCUGCAAUGACUCUGAGUGCAUCCCCGCCUUGUGGAGUUGCGACGGCGACCCGGACUGCAAGGACAAGUCAGACGAGUCCAUGGAACGCUGCAGCCGAAGGACCGAGCCCCAGAAACCUCGCUGCCCAGUGGGCGAGUUCCAGUGUGGGAGUGGGGAGUGUGUCCACAUGAAUUGGAAGUGUGAUGGAGACGCAGACUGCAAGGAUAAAUCGGAUGAAGCAAACUGUCCGCUGCUUACAUGUCGACCUGAUGAGUUCCAGUGUGGUGAUGGAUCCUGUAUCCACGGAACCAAACAGUGUAAUAAAGUGCACGACUGUCCAGACUACAGUGAUGAAGCUGGCUGUGUCAAUGUUACAAAGUGCGACGGGCCAAGAAAGUUCCGCUGUAAGAACGGGGAGUGUAUUGACAGCAGCAAGGUGUGUGACAAUGUGAAAGACUGCAAGGACUGGUCUGAUGAACCCAUGAAGGAGUGUGGCCUGAAUGAGUGUGCAGACAACAAUGGCGGCUGCUCCCACAUCUGCAGGGACCGCAGAAUUGGCUAUGAGUGCGACUGUCCUUCUGGGUACAAACUCCUGGACAAAAAGACUUGUGGAGACAUAGAUGAAUGUGAGAACCCAGAUGCCUGCAGUCAGAUCUGCAUCAACUACAAAGGAGAUUAUAAGUGUGAGUGCUACGAAGGCUAUGAGAUGGACCCUGCCUCUAAGACCUGCAAGGCCGUGGGAAAGAGUCCGUACCUGAUGUUCACUAACCGUCACGAGAUCCGUCGCAUUGACCUGCUAAAGAGUGAAUACACUCAGGUGGUUCCCACGCUGAAGAAUGCAGUGGCCCUGGAUGUAGACGUGUCCACCAACAAGAUGUUCUGGUGUGAUCUAUAUCAUCAAAAAAUAUACAGUGCUUACAUCAACAAGGCCAGUGACUCCUCACAGCAGGUGACCCUCAUCGACUCGCUCCACUCCCCCGAGGGUCUGGCCGUUGACUGGGUCCACAAGAACAUCUACUGGACUGACUCUGGCAACAAGAGCAUCUCCGUUGCCACAGGAGACGGCAGGAAGCGAAAAGUGCUGAUAGCCACUGAGCUGACCGAGCCACGGGCCAUCGCAGUGGAUCCACACCAAGGGUUUAUGUACUGGUCAGACUGGGGAGGUCAGGCCAAAAUCGAGAAGGCUGGGAUGAAUGGAGUGGACCGACAAGUUCUGGUGUCCGAACACAUCGAGUGGCCCAAUGGAAUAACCCUGGACUUGUCUAACAGGCGUCUGUACUGGGUGGACUCCAAGUUGCACCUGCUGUCCAGUGUGGAUCUGAAUGGGGACAACCGCAAAGUGCUUCUGUCCUCCCAUCACCAUCUGGGACACCCCUUCGCCCUCACUGUGUUCGAGGAUCACAUAUAUUGGACCGACUUGGAGGAUGAAACGAUAUACAGUGCCAACCGACUGACGGGACAUGAUGUGGCAAAGGUGGCAGAGCACCUCAACAACCCCCUGGACCUGGUGGUGUUUCAUGAACAGAGGCAGCCCAAGGCCCCAGAUACCUGCAACAUGGGCAGUCUGCCUAACGGUGGCUGUGAAUACCUCUGUCUGAAGGCCCCCCAGAUCACAGAUCACUCUCCAAAGUACACGUGUGCUUGUGCUGAUGGCAUGGAGCUGGGACCAGACAUGAGGCGCUGUGCUAUAGUUCGACCCAGAGCAACCACAACAACAGCUGUGCCAACCACCUCCACCACCAUCACCACUACAACUCCCACCACAACCACGACAACAAGCGCUACAACAACUAGCACAACUAUUACCAGCACCACGACUCCCCCUACCACGACCACAAGCUCCACUAGCACCUCUGCUGCUACGACACUCAGGCCCACAACCAGAGGGCUGAUGACACCUGCCCCACCUCAGACCCCCAGGCGAACUUCUACGGAGCCACCUCCGACCCCCGCGGCCACGAGUACAGAGACGGACAGUUUCAGCAGGCCCAGUCAGAAGUCCACAUCCACACACACGCCUCUACUGGGCCCAGUGGCCCCCAAUAGCAUUCAGAGAGAGAGCAACGCCAACCUCUCCCACAGAGGUAAGAAUCAUGCUGCGAGUGAUCACUACCUCAUAGGUAACAACAUCACAGUAGCUGUUCUGGGGAUAGUCAUUCCUAUCGUCCCUAUCCUUGCCACAGUGGUCAUCGGAUUACUCUGCACCGGCGGAUACCUGGUUUGGCGCAACUGGCGGCGCAAGAACACCAAGAGCAUGAACUUCGACAACCCCGUUUACCGCAAAACCACAGAGGACGACGAUGAUGAAAUCCACAUCGGGCGGCACAGCGAGUCCAUAGGCCACGUUUACCCGGCAGUGAGUGACAGCCACAGUCAACCAUUCAUAGCGCUUCCACUAGGGGGCGGUGUCACAGACAGCAACUCUCACUGGUACUCAGGGGCGCCGAUGCUCUCCAGCAGCAAAUGAGAGAAGCUGCAGCAGAAAUGAAGCAGUUUGGAUUAUUUUGGAUAUGGGAGGAUGGGCAGGGGUUUGGGAACGCCCGUUUGUUGUACACGUAGGCCUGGUGGAAAGAAAGAACAGGCUUGCACACGCACACAAUCUCACGCAUCAUUUUUACAGUAAUCACUGAAAACACCAAUCAUACACACACAUACAGUAAGCCCUUCACCAGAACAUGAUCAUGUUCACAUUUAUUCCACCUUCAUGACUAUAAUAUAUCAUACAGUACAUAUGUUUAUCAUCAUCAUCUUUAUUGCCAACCUGCCACCCCAUUUACUUCGUGAUGUGUUGUUCUGGUGGUUGAAGUGUUUGUUCUGUUUCUGGGCGACGUUUCUUAUGAGGCCCCCAUUUUCUGACAAAACUCAUUACACAAACACAUAUCAUCUUUGUUUACGGAAGCAGCUCAUGCAAAAGUUACAUUUUUGUUCAAAUGGACUAGACAACAGAAAAAUACGUGCCACAAGGUAGUACCCCUUGUCAGAGAGGAAUUUUGUGGAUGUUUCUCGGUUAUGUUUGCUGCUAAAAAUUAUAGCAAUGGGUCGUCCAGACAUUAGAGGGGCACUGAGGCUCAAAUAAUUACUGCUGUCUUGAUGCAGUGUAAUGGUGUUAAUUUCUUAGUAGAAAAGUUUUUUUUAGUGUUGAGUCUUUGAAGAGAAAGAGGACUAGCUUUAGAGUCGCCUCAGAUAGCUGACUGAAAGGAAAGCAGAGGAUUGGACUCGACCAUUCUGCAAAUAAAUUGUAUUUCUAGAGUAGAUAGUAACAUCAUGACAUUGCUUGAUUUUAUUUUUUCGUUACAGUGUAAAUAAGACAUGGAGGAUUAAAAUGGGAGCACAAAUCAGAAAAUAAUUUAUCUCCUAUUCUAUCUUGAGUGCAGUUGCAGAAUCCAUGGAUCUCCACAUUUCAUGACUUGCACACAACCCUGUUGAUUUUCCAUUAAUGCAGAUGCAUUUUUGAGAAUCACUUAUCAGUCAUGAAGCUGCAUUUUCUACAAUCUCCAGAAACAACGCCAGCUGUGAUUUGCACAAAAAUGCACUUAAAUGUACAGGACACUUAUGACAUUUAUUGAAUAUUUUUGUUGUUUUAGGUAUCGGAAAGCAGGCAGGGAAGGGCAGCCAAAACGGAUUAUAGGGGGGUGGGAGUCUAGCGCUUUGAUCGGUUGGCAUGGUAACACAGAUUUCUUUGUGGUGCUCCAGAGAGAAAGGAGGCAAAGAAUUCUGGGUAUCAUUGGCAUGAUGACAGGCUGGAGAGACACACACACAUGCACACACACACACACACACACACACACACAGGAAACAGGUGCACAACGGAGACAUAUUAAGAUUCAAGGUCGAAACAAACAACCGCCCUCAGUGAAGGGCUCCAGAGAGGGAACUAUACUCUCUCUCUUUCUCUCUCUCUCUCUCUCUCUCUCUCUCGUCUCCCAGUUUUAUUAUUUACAUAUUCACAAAUCUCUGUUAUUGUCUUGAUUUUUUUUUUUUACUUGUUUUCUUCUUUUCCUCUCCUCUUCUUUCCUACCGUGGCAGUGUGGCAACUCAGACAGCCAGAGAAAUCAGGUUGGCAAUAUGUGGGACCAGACAUUUUCAGCACUAGGCAGGCAUCCUGCAUUCUUCACAUAGGAGCAGCCGGAGAAGGAGGCAAUGAACAAGGGGGGGGGGGAUUGGAAGGAGGAGAAGGGGAAGGUCAGGGAGCUGAGGGAGAAAUGAGAACUGCAAAAAGAAGCAGGAGAAAUGGAUUCCAUAUGAACCUGCCAUUUCUUUUCCGGGCACCAUCUAGGCUUGAAUCUCUUUCUUUUUCUCCUGAUUUCUUCUGUCCAUCAUGCUACUCUGUUUUCUUUUGUCAUGUAUCUCACUUCUCUCUCUCUUUCUCUCUCUCUCUCUCUCUCUCUCUCUCUCUCUUUUCUCUCUCUCUCUCUCUCUCUCUCUCUCUCUCUCUCUCUCUCUCUCUCUCUCUCUCUCUCUCUCUCUCGCCUUCACCAGCCUACUGUGGUAACAGUCUUUUUAUCUGCUGUUUGCAGCGCGUGGCACUCAGUCUGGAGGAUGAUGGCUAUCCAUGAGGGGGGGGAUGCAGCCUGCCCCCCUUCCCAAUUCCAUCCUGGCCCCUCCUCUCACCACAGCCUCUACACCACUACAAUGAGGCCAGUACAACGCAGAGGAGAAAGAGAACGGGGUCCUCAUUUUGCCUCCCCCUUUUGAGGAGCAGGGAUGACAUGUACUUCUUGUAAAUCCCCCUUCCUCUCCUACUUUCUCCACUGGGGUAACAUUACUACCACUACUAGCCACUACUACUUUCCUUAGUGCUAGUUUAUUAGUAGUCUCUGCUCCACUCCUCUCUUCUCUCUGCCUCUUGUUAGCUGUAGUGGUGUGUAAAAUGCUGCUUGAUGAUUUUGUUCAAACUAACCUCAUUUGGCUGUCUCCGUGCACACUGUAAAUAGAAGGCUGUCUGACCACCGUACAGGGGGAAAAAGCUGGCAUUAUUUAGAAUUCCUCAUAUGACGUUUUAUUUAUUUGUAUGUUUCCUGUUGUAAAUAUGUAAUCAGCAUAUCUCAGUGCUACAGAGUUACAGGCAGAUGUGUUCAAGUUUGCAAGGAUAUAGAGUUGUAGGCAAGGAUGUUAUUUUCUUCAUAGUACCCUUUACAUCUUGAGUUUACUUUACAGAUUUUUUUCAAACAGGGGAAUGUCAUCCUUUUUCACACCCAGCCUCUCAGAAUCGCCCCUUGACAUAUUGUAUGUAGGCAGGCAAAGCUAAAUAUAGCCAAGGGGAAAGGAGACAGAAAGAAAUGAUGGGGUUGUCUGCAUGUUUGGAGGUGAUUUCGGGGUGAAAGAGUUAGUAGGGUGUUUUUUUCUCUUUUGAGGGGAAUAGGAGGAUUUGUGCCACCAGAGGGUAGUGCCUCAAGGCAAAAAUCAGCAGGGCAGAAAAGGCAAAGGAUUAUGGGUAAUCCUCUCUCCUGCUAUCAGAGGUGUGCGUACAGUCGAUAAUGAAUUUGGGAUUGUUUUCUCAUUUGCGGCGGGUGUUAGGACUCACGCGUUCCUGAGUUUUUGUUUGUGUCUGCUGCAAUCAAUAUGUUAGAGGUAAAACUUCAUUUUCAGACAGCAGAGUGUCACAAAACACUUUUUGAGAUAUCAAUGAUGCUUUGAGGUACUGAGCUCUUUGACUUUCAACCCUAGCACUGAGCAUGACUACACAUAAAUACUUUUUUUGAAAUUCAGAAGACAGGACACUUUAUGUGGUUUCUAGAUAUGUUUACAUUUAAAUGCAUAGUUGUGCAUUCUGUAUUGGAAUCCUGUAGGGAUGAAGUAUAAAUUAAGUAUGAGAAUGCAAGCAGCGUACUGAUCUAUUGACACAAAUAUUUUUUACAGCAGUCCAUUUUUGUUGUAUUUUUGGCUCCAGUAGUCUUUAACACUACAUUAUUCUUAUAGGUAUAGCUCCCACAACAUCACUUUUCUUUCAUUUGACAUAACAUGGUUUCAUAACUUCCCAGUAAACAUCAAUCGCAGCAUUUUAGUGGAUUCACAGCACUGCUUUUGGUGUUUCUUAGCAUGAUAACUCCUCCCUCUUUAGUCCCCUAUCUUGGCAGUGUGUUUUCUGGAUGAGGUGGUGUGUGUUUUGUUUUUUUUAUUUUUUUUUAUUUACACAUAUAACAUAAAACAAUAAAAAGAAACAAUAUAUCAUUUGCAAUAGAAAAAGACUCCACAUUUGAAAGGAAUCACUUUCCGCUGUCACUGACUAUUAAGUGUCGGUUGUUAGUGGCCCUGUUUUGUAUGAGCAGAUAAGUAAUACGCCGAGGCUGACUGAGCCGAGCACUGAUUUGAUUUGAAAGCUGGAUAGAGAGGAAGCGUGUAAACCAGCGUAAAGAGCUGAUCUUUCAUUGGCUUGCCACAGACUCCAGCCCAUUGAAUCACAUGGAAUUCAUGCCCAGUGACUAUUGCAAUAAUUGCACAUGAUGUGUUGUAAUAGUAAGUUACUGGAGUCCGUUAUGACGAGUUAAUAUGAUCGCUGUUAAGAGUUAUGGUAGAAUAACAACUUUCCUAUCCUGGAUGUAAUUUAGUGUCAAUACAGGGCAUCUUGAAGAUGUUAAGCACACAUAUAAUGCUUUAUAUAAAGUUUAUAGGUGUUUUACUUUGUCCGAAUUUUAGCUACAACACUGGUCUUCCAUCAUAAGAAUAACAAAUCCGAACAAUGUGGCAAUUCAGCUGAACUGAGCUAAGAAAUGCUUUUGUUUUUCAGAUGUUCAGUCUUUUUUUAAUAACGAGCAAAAACAAGUAUAGAAUGCAAAGAUUAAAGUCUUCCAUUGUAGGCUAUAGACUCAGCGUAUGCAUUCAUCUUACUAUACAGACAGUAUGUGCAUACAAACAAACAGUUGUUUAAUGGUAGUUAUUAUUCAUGGUUUCCUGGAAAGUUUUGUCCAGUGUGAAUGCUCAGGAAAACAGACAAAGACAAAGGUAAGCAGGAAAUGACUGCCAGGAUUUAGACUAAACUCUACGCAAACAGGUUUAUGCUUGGAAGAUGAAUAGUGGGCCAUUCAUUUUGCUGGAUUUCUGCUGAUGUUGUGUCGCGGGAUUCUGACCUCCCUCAGAAGGAUGCCACUUUCUUCUCUCCGUUUAUGAUGCACAGUGGGGGAUUUCUAUGAACUGAAUGUGACAAGUGGCAUGCUAGACAGGGAAAUUAUAGUCCUCUCCGGGACUGCACUCCCCUACGUCUAUCUAAUGAAGCAGGAUUGAGCACAAAGGGGAGGCCAUCUCCCUUCAUCUUACCCUUGCACAGAUGAAGCCAAAUAAAAUGCAUUACACAGUGGAGAAGACUGUAACACAGCUCAGCAUAUUCCCAGUGAGUUAGUUGGUUUGUUUUUGGCAGAAUAUAGGAUUGACAUGUAGGAGACAGUUUGAAUUGGCACAGUUGCGUUUUGGUAUAAACUGUGGUCAUUUUUUCAUAUUUUCAUUCGGUAUGAUGGCCGUGGGAAUUGUUAAGAAUGCUCACAAUUUCAUAUGUUUUCAUAAAAAAACUAAAUCUAAGUCCUAAAGGAAAGAUGUAGAUGAUGUAAGAUGCCAAGAAAGAUGAAACCGGUCAGAUAUCUUUGUGAAUUUAAGAUUAAAUAAAUCACAAACCUGAUGAUGGAUUGAACCCUGAACUCACUCCACAUAGUUUCCUUCAUGUCCAUGUUUGCUGCAGGUCUAAUGGAGUUCCAUACGGAGGGUAUUCAGUUAGGAGAAUAAAUUGCUUAUUCAUUGAGGUGACUGAGCGUGGCAUUGUAGAAACGUUAUUAUUGCUACAGUGUGAAGACAGAUUGGCUGGUCGACUUUGUGGCCACCUUGAGAGCCGCCCCUAAAGGACGCUAAACAGGUCCAGAAAGGGACUGGUAUCAUUCAUCACAUAGUAGGUAAUAAUUGUAGUGGUAGUAGAGGACAUGCUUUGACAGUAUGCUGUCUGGACAUUCUUGAUUCAUAUUGUUAGGAAUCAUUUAGGGCCUAACCAAUGCCCUAAUGGCAGCAUAAUCAUAGUUUUACUAUCAGUCAGCUCCAUAAACAACAUGACAGUCAGAAGGAUCAAGUUGAGCACUCUGCCUCAUGCUGAAGAAUAAUGAAGUGUGUGUGUGUGUGUGUGUGUGUGUGUGUGUGUGUAUG